AUGAGCUCGCCAUCCACCAUCCGCCUCGACGGCAAGGUCGCCCUCAUCACCGGGGCUGGCCGUGGGCUCGGUGCUACCCUCGCCAAAAUCCUUUCAGACCGUGGUGCUGCGGUCGUGAUCAACUAUGCCAGCUCGGCCAAGCCAGCUUUGGCCACGGUCGCCGAGAUUGAGAAGGCGGGUGGCCGUGCGGUCGCCAUCCAGGCCAAUAUCUCCAAGACCCCCGAGAUCACCAAGCUCUUUGAGGAGGCUAUCAAGGCCUUUGGCAAGCUCGACAUUGUUAUCAACAACGCCGGCAUGGAAGCCUUUUCCAAACCCGAGGAUGUCACCGAGGAGCUGUACGACCAGGUCUUCGGCCUCAACACCCGCGCUCAGUUCUUUGUCGGCCAACACGCGCUGAAAUAUCUCAGCGAGGGAGGACGUAUCAUCUUCAUGUCUUCCAUUGCUGCUGGCCUGGGUGUCCCAAACCAUGCUUUGUAUGCUGGGUCCAAGUCCGCGGUCGAGGGGUUCGCGCGAUCUUUCGCGGCCGACGGUGGUCCCAGGCGUAUCACCGCCAACGCCAUCGCCCCCGGUGGUAUCAAGACCGACAUGUUCGCCCAAAACGCAUGGCAUUACUCUCCUGGCGCCACCAAGGACACCCCUCUGGAGGUCAUCGAGGCCGGCAUUGCCAAGCUCAUUCCCCUUGGCCGAUGCGCGGUGCCCGACGACAUUGCCAGAGUGGUUAUCUUCUUGUGCCACCCAGACAGUGAAUGGGUCAACGGUCAAAUCAUCCGUCUCACCGGAGGCAGUGCCAUCGCCUAA